AUGACUAGCAUUCGCCGCCUCGCUCUCUACCUUGGAGCUCUGCUCCCUGCAGUGCUUGCUGCUCCUGCCGGCGUCUCCAAGGUUGCUAAGCUCGACUCUGUGCCCGACAAGUACAUCAUUACCCUCAAGCCCGAUUCCUCUGACGCAAAGGUCGAGGCUCACUUGAGCUGGGUCGAGGGCGUCCACCGCCGCAGCCUUGCUAAGCGCGACACCAUCGGUGUUGAGAAGACUUUCAACAUCAGCAGCUGGAGCGCUUACUCUGGCGAGUUCGACCAGGCUACCAUUGAUGAGAUCAAGAACAGCCCUGAGGUUGCUUUCGUUGAGCCUGACUACACUGUCUACCUGGACUACGAGGAGUCAUCUGAGCUGUCUGACCGCGCUCUGACCACCCAGUCUGGUGCUCCCUGGGGUCUCGGUGCCAUCUCCCACAAGACUUCUGGAUCCACCAGUUACAUCUACGACACCACUGCCGGCAGCGGCUCUUACGGAUAUGUCGUAGACAGUGGUAUCAACGUUGCCCAUACCGACUUUGGUGGCCGUGCUACUCUCGGCUACAACGCUGCUGGUGGUGCUCACACCGAUACCCUCGGCCACGGAACCCACGUUGCUGGUACUAUCGGUGGCACCAGGUACGGUGUCUCCAAGAGGGCCAACCUCAUCUCCGUCAAGGUCUUCGCCGGCAGAGAAGCUUCUACAUCUGUUAUCCUUGAUGGCUUUAACUGGGCCGUCAACGACAUCACCUCCAAGGGCCGUGUUGGCAAGUCCGUUAUCAACAUGUCUCUCGGCGGACCUUCUUCUGCCACCUGGACCACUGCCAUCAACGCUGGAUACAACGCUGGUGUCCUCUCCGUUGUCGCUGCCGGUAACGGUGAUGACAAUGGCAACCCUCUCCCCGUCUCUGGCCAGUCUCCUGCCAACGCUCCCAACGCCCUGACCGUUGCUGCCGUCGACUCUAGCUGGCGCACUGCUUCUUUCACCAACUACGGUGCCGGUGUUGAUAUCUUCGGCCCCGGUGUCAACAUUCUGUCCACCUGGAUCGGCUCCACCUCCGCUACCAACACCAUCAGCGGAACUUCCAUGGCUUGCCCCCACGUUGCUGGUCUUGCUCUCUACCUCCAGGUCCUUGAGGGUCUUACCACUCCUGCUGCUGUCACCAACCGCAUCAAGGCUCUUGGAACCUCUGGCAGGGUCACUGGCUCCCUCAGCGGCAGCCCCAACCUCGUUGCCUACAACGGUAACGGUGCUUAA